AUGACGGCCCCUACUGAUCAGUUCUACCUCCGAUACUACUCUGGCCAUUCUGGACGGUUCGGACACGAGUUCCUGGAAUUCGACUUCCGCGUUCUCGGCGAUGGAAGAAGCGCAGUUGCGCGUUACGCGAACAACUCCAAUUACCGAAACGACAGCCUGAUUCGCAAAGAGAUGUGCGUCAGCGCUCUUAUCAUUGACGAGAUCAAGCGCAUCAUCAAGACAAGCGAGAUCAUGAAGGAAGACGACUCCAAGUGGCCACAAAAGAACAAAGACGGACGUCAAGAACUCGAGAUUCGGCUGGGCAACGACCACAUUUCUUUCGAGGUGGGUGACGACGGCUUCGUUGGUAUCUCAAGAACUGGGCUGACAUGUCUCGUACAGACCGCUAAGAUUGGUUCACUGGUCGACGUGACCGAGUCGGCCGACCCCGAAGGACUGCGAGUGUUCUACUAUCUAGUGCAGGAUCUGAAGGCUCUGGUGUUCAGUCUGAUUGCCCUGCACUUCAAGAUCAAGCCCAUCUAA